AUGUCGAACAAAUACGAGAGACAAGCAGAGGAUGACUAUGAGGCUCAAAACGACCCAUCGCCUGUGUCAGGCGAUUUCGGUGACAACUCGUAUGCUCAUGAGACUCGUUCUGAGCUAAAAAGCCAUAUUCCUGUCGUGAGAGAUGAGGCCAACUUGGCCGAUCCCAUGCAACCUCCAUUUUCGAACAGUGAUCAACAACUGGAAAGAGAUGAGCGCGAAGCUAUAGAUCGUUCUAACAUCCUAGGUGGUGAACGUCUGCGUCAUGCAAAGCCCAACACGCAGAACAAGUACGAUGAAGGGCCUGGUGAGGAUGAUCUACCCGAGGAUGCUCUUUACGGAUACUCAGGAAGGUCAACCACGGGCAGGACGCUGUGA